CUUUGCCCUUACUGGACACGCACCUGGCCUUCAAAAUCUUGAUUCUUCCCUUUCUGUCUCUCUCCCCUGCCCAGCAGCAUCCCAUGACAGCCUCACACACUAUGUUUUAUGGGUCCUCCUCCACCAUGGCUCCACCAUCCAAGAGCAGGCUGAAGCGUCAGAGCCGGAUUUUCUCCCAGGUCUUGUACCGCACACUGAGCUACAAGGACCGGAGCUCAGCAUCCUCCUUCUCCACAGCUGGCAGUGACGAUCCAGCUGAACUGUCCACCCAGCUUUCUGCCCCGGGCGUCUUGAAGAUCUUUGGAGGCAACAUCUGCGCGGGCACCAACUACAAGAGUGUGCUGGCGACGGGGAGCUCGGGCGCGCGGGAGCUGGUGAAGGAAGCCUUGGAGCGCUACGGGCUGAGCCAGGUGAACGUGGGCCAGUACGUGUUGUGCGAUGUCAUCGGGCGGUUCGAAGGCUCGGAAAAGCAGUGGCAAACUGAAGGCCUGAGGGUCCUUGGGGACACCGAGAAGCCGCUCCUCAUCCAGGACCUUUGGAAGCCCAGGGAGGGCUUUUCCCGGAGGCUGGAGCUGCGCAAGAGGGCGGAGGUGGAGGAGCUGGCGUCCAGGGACGUGGACACCACGACCGCAGGCAUCAACGCCCAAGCCCGGAAGCUGCAGCGCAACCGGGCCAAGGGGGCCGCGCGGCCGCCGGCGGGCGCUGAGCCGCCCGGACCCCCGCCGACGCUGCGGCGCAGCCUCAGCGAGACCAGCCUGGGCCGCCCGGCGCCGCGGCGCGACGACCCGCUCCGCCGACACUACUCCACGCUGCCCGAGACGCUGCGCGGCCCCGCCGGCGCGCGGGACGGCCCCGCCGGCGAGCGGCCCGCCGGCAACGCGUGCUUCUCCCUCUACCAGUCCCCGCACCUCCUGCUCCUGCAGGGCUACAGCCAGCAGCACGACAGCCUGGUGUACCUGCUGACCCGCGAGCAGCACACGGUGGGGCAGCGGACGCCGGCCAGCAGCCCCAGCAUCGCCCUGUGCGCCCCGGACAUCCUGCCCCUGCACUGCACCAUCCGGCGGCUGCCGGCGGCCCGCCGCCGCCCCGGCGAGCGCCUGCUCCUCGAGCCCGUCGCCGGCGCCGCCGUGGCCGUCAACUUCCGCGAGGCGCCGGGACCCGUGGCGCUGCGCCACGGCGACCUCCUCUCCCUGGGCCUCUACUACCUGCUGCUCUACAAGGAGCCUGGCGAGGCUCGGCCCCUGCCCGCCCCGGCGCUGGCGGGGCUGCGGGCGCUGCAGCGCGCCGCCGGCCCGUGCUGCGCCGGCUGCGGCGGCCACCCGGGCCCCCGGCGCCCCGCCGCCGCCGCCGCACGCCGCAAGCCGCUGCUGGAGUUCGAGCGCGCCGCCGAGGACGCGCUGCUGGGGCGCAUCCUGAGCCUCGUCGAGCCGGCGGGCGACGACCACAAGCUGACGCCCGCUUUCCUGCUGUGCCUCUGCGUGCAGCACUCGGCCGCCGCCUUCGAGCCGGGGGACUUCGGGCAGCUGCUGCUCAAGGCGGCCAGAAGGAUCCAGCGGACGGUGCGGGAGAAGACCAAAGAGCUGGCGGAGAAGCAGUCGCAGCACCAGGAUCCCGCAUCCCUGUCCCGCUUCACCAUCACAGACCUGCUCCCGGACCUGCAGCACGUCGUCUUCUGGAUGUCCAACGCCAUCGAGAUCCUCUACUUCGUGCAGCAGAAAUCCCCCGCCUACAUCCAGAGCAUGGAGGAAGAGCUGGACAUCAAGGGGUCCAAGGAGUCCCUGUUCUCCUCGACCAUCACAGCCAGCGAGGAGGCGAUGACGGUCCUGGAGGAAGUCAUCAUGUACACCUUCCAGCAGUGCGUCUACUACAUCUCCAAGUGUCUGUACGUGUCCCUCCCCGCGCUGCUGGAGUGCGACCCCUUCCAGACCGAGGGCCGCGAGGCGUGGCGAACGCCCCCCGCGCUGCCCGAGGAGCUCCGCAGGGUCGUGCUCGUCUACCAGGCCACGCUGGACCUGCUGCGCCGGUACGAAGUGCACCCGGAGAUCACCUCGCAGAUGUUCGCCUACCUCUUCUUCUUCUCCAACACCCUGCUCUUCAACCAGCUCCUGGACAAGGGCUCCUCUCUCGGCUGUUUCCACUGGUCCAAGGGCGUGAAGCUGCGGGCCUGCGUGCGGCUGCUGCUGGAGUGGCUGCGCGGCGCCGGCCUGGAGCAGCUGGCGCAGCAGUUCUUCGCCAAGCUGGCCGGCGCGGCCGACCUGCUGGCCAUGCCCGGCUCCCGGCUGCUGCAGAUGACGUGGCCGUGCCUGCGAGCCGAAUUCCCGGCGCUGAGCCCCGCGCAGCUCCGGCGCCUGCUGAGCCAGUGCCGGGCGGCGAUGGACGCGGGCCGCGUCGCGGCUUGGCAGCCCGCCGAGGAGGAGAGCGCGGCCGCCCCGCGGCACGACGAUGUGCUGGAGUCCUUCGAUAACCACCCGCCCAUCAUCCUGCCCAGCGGCGGCUUCAAGGUGGACCUGGAGGUGGAGACGCUGGACGACAACAUCUACCGGCACCUCCUCUACAUCCGCCACUUCCUCUGGAGCCUACGGAGCAAGAGCCCCCCCGGCGGCGACGGGCCGGGCCCGGCCCCCACGAAGGAAGAGGCAGCCGCGGCGCCCGAUGUCCCGGAGGCGGGCGAGAGCCCCGUCCCUGCCCUGGGAAGCAGCCUGGGCCCGCCGGCCUGCCGCUCCCCGGGCGGCUGCGCGGAGCCGGAGGCGGACGGGGGCCCCCCGCGCGAGCCGCCCGGCAGCGAGCCGCAGCUCCGGGAGAAGCUCAAGCAGCUGCAGCUGGGACGCGGCACGGCCCCCUCCUGCCUGCUGACGCCACCCACCACCCCCCUGAACUUCGACUGCCGCAGCCUGGAGCCCCCCCAGGGCGCCAGCCUCCAGGACGCACGCAGGAGCGGGCUGAACGGCACCAAGGCCGGCACCCCCGAAGGAUGCUCUCCGACGCCCUACGACUACCCCACACCGGCAUCUUCCAGCCGCAGCUCUGCCACCGAUGACUUCUGCUACGUCUUCGUGGUGGAGCUGGAGCGAGGCCCCGCCGGGCUGGGGAUGGGACUGAUCGACGGCUCGCACACUCCCCUGAGCUCGCCGGGCAUCUACGUCCGCACCCUCAUCCCGGAGGGCCCCGCGGCCGCCGACGGCCGGCUCUCCGUCGGGGACCGCAUCCUGGCCGUGAAUGGCACCAGUCUAAUCGGGGCAGACUACCAGAGUGCGGUGGACCUCAUCCGCUCCGGAGGGAAGAAAUUGCGAUUCCUGGUUGCCAAGUCAGACAUGGAAAUAGCCAAAAAAAUCAGUUCCAGCUCCUCUUGUUCCUCUUAGUUCUUGUGGGUUGUUCUGCAGCAGUUUCUGGAUGCAGUUCUGGUUAAGGCUGACGUCUUGCAGCCCAGAGUGCAAGAGGGAGAACCUGGACUCUACGUCUGCCCUCAACUUGUUUUUCAGCAUCCUGCUCUGUGCUGCAGCAGAUGAAAGGAGAUGCAAAGGUGGCGUAAGCUUCUCCCGCUGCGCUGGCUGGGAGCAUCACUCCCUAAUCUAUUGCGCGGCCUCACCUGAUACCCUGCAUCUUCCUUCUCAGGAGUUUUCCUGCUCUUACGUUGCUCUUGGCAGAGCGCAGGAAGGGGAUGUCCCCUCUGUGGCGGCUGUAAGCAGGCUCCUCCAUUCCUCUAGGCUGACAGCCCUGCAUGAUCUUUCUCAUUCUGACACAGGUUUUGGGGAGAGACUUUUAGCUUUCCCGUUACUCUCUAAUGCUGGCAGAUGAAAGGCUUGAAACACCCUUGGAAUUUAAAGAUUUACACGUGGGCCAGGCCUGGGCUUCACUGCGACCUCGGCCACCUGAGGCUGUGGCAGGUCAGGCUGGAAAGGGGCAGUCAGAGCAGUGCCCAGCUCUGCGGGUGGCAAACACAGCACACGGGUCCAGGAGCAGUACCGCAGCACAGGGAAGGAGCCCGAGCAGGACGCCUUUGCUAGGAGUUAAGCCCCCUGGUACCGUACCCUAAGUCAGGAGCCCUAGUGUAGUGCCUUACUGCUGCUGGGCCGCAGCUGUGCUGCCCCACGAUGGAAAUUUUUGCAUCCUGCUUCAGGAUGGAAAACAGCUACAGCAGUGGGUUGACACCACCAGCAAGUCCCUGCAAGUCCUGGGGGAAGAGCCUUCACGAGAAGAGCUCUCUUCCUUUCUCAGGCAGCAGCUUUACUGCCCAGCUCCGGCACACGCUCCUAGCAGAAGACCCCCGACUCCUCUCCUCAGGGCCAGCCCAGCAGAGCAGGGCGCUUGGGAGCAGACAGCAGCGCUUUCCCCGCACAGGCCUUGUCGCCCCCCCCCGCCCCCCGCCUCCAACAGGCUACAGCCCAAUUAACGCUUCUAUGCCUGCUUCUGGCCCCUGCAUCCUGGGACUGGAGGGUCCGUGCCUGCUGCCACCAGGGACCUGACUGACCACGGCCGCACCUGGUGCCAAAGCAGCUCGGCACCGUGUCCUGGUUCUGUCCCGCCAGCUCUCCUAGCCCACGCGAGGCCACCCUGUUUCCUGCCUCGCGCGGAGCAGCUCGGAAGUGCAGGCGAUGACAGGCAGCACAGGUUCCCUUUCGAAGGUCAGUCUCACAAGUCCCAGAAACAGCCCCGCUCUCUACCGCCAGCAGAGACGGCGGCCGCAGAGCUGAGGCCGCAGCUCCACCGUGCGGCUGGCCGCUUGCCGGCACACCCGGCCUCCUGAAGGCUAUGCCUGAGAAGCUGUGUGUGCUUUUAGCAACAUUAACGGGAUAAACCUGACCUGGUUUCCACAUAUAGACAGAUACCGAGACCUAGUUUAGCCAAACCCUGUUAAAACAGACUGCCACAAGGCCCCACGUUACAUCCUGCACUUAACAAGCCAGCAUGGUCCAGGCUCUGGCAGCAGAUUAGAUACUAACAUGGCAUUUUGCAUCAGCAACUCUCCAAGGAUUGCGAUGCUUAAAAGGGGGUACUUAACAGGUUGGCCUUAAUUAAACCUUAGAUAUUUCACUGCUGUAUUUUGGUUUCUGUGCUCUUAGUCCUGCACUUCACAGGUAGCAGAAGGCUAGAGGUAUCAAAAUAAUGCAUGCAGUGGAAACACCCAGGUGACUGAAUUUGAAUGCAGCCUGGACUGCCUUUUCUAGGCCAAGAUGGACAAAGCACCUUCACCAAAAUGCUAGUGCCUUGCAUUCCUGCUGGGCCAUGCUUGCACCAAGUGGCCUGGGGCACCACCACAGCAGGGACUCGGAAAAAUGCAUCACUCCUGCCAUUGAGGCAGCUGUACAAGGCAGAUGAGCAAACACUCAGAGCACCACAGGGCUCCUGGUGACUCACUAAACCUUGAGCCAAGUGAGUUGGCCUAGUCAUCCUCCACGGAGUCAGCAGUGGCCCUCCUGAGGUCUGGAGAGGUGCAAAUGGACUAUCUAGAGUCCCUGGGCAACUGCAUUUCUCCUUAUUACCCUCUGCCCAGGAGCCAGGGCUCAGGGGAGGCUUUGUUUGCACUAGCUGCACCCAGGCUCCUUUCAGCGGUACUGAAGCAGCCACAGUCCAGGCUCCCUCUGCUUCCUGCUGAGUAUGACCCCCAGAAACAGGAGACAGCCCUAGAGCUGUAUGUUGCUCAUAGUGCAGUCAAGUAUUAAAAUAAACUGUAAAUAAACCCUGCUAUUUACUAGUGUGCAUGAGGGCUUGCUUCUCUUGCGAGGAGCAGUGGGACAUACUUCCCCAAUUUGUUAAUACUGUACAGCUUGAAUGUGUAUAAACUUCUAGUGUAGAUACAGAACAGCAUGGCACCUGUUUGACAUGGGGCUGAUGUAUGUUAAAAAAAUGCUCUUGGUGUCAAUAAUAAACUGUGUCAAUAAAUCUGUCUAACCUUC